GUGUGGAAAGUCCCAGCCAGGUGUGUAGGUCUAGGGGAGGGGGGGGCCCCACCCCUGAGAUAUGAAAGCCCCCCUGCACUGGCCCUGGCUCAGUCUCCAUGGGGGCACUGGGGCUGGAGGGCUGGAGGAGGAGGCCCCAGGGGAAGGGCUGCCUCCUGCUGGCUGUGGCAGGAACCACCUCCCUGGUGACCCUGCUGCUGGCUGUGCCGCUCACUGUCCUGGCUGUGCUGGUGGUGGCGCCCCAGAAGCAAGGGCUGGUUGCAGAGACCACUGACCCUGGGGCGCAAGCACAGGCCCAGCAGCGACUGGGGCCCCAGGAGCUGCCGGAGCAGGACACAGAAAGCGAUCCCAGCCCCGGGCUCCCGGCUGCCCACCUCAUAGGCGCCUGGACGCCGGGCGGCGGGCUGGGCUGGGAGGCGGCCAAGGAGGAGGCGUUCCUGCGGAGCGGCGCGCACUUCGGCGCCGCGGGGCUGGCGCUGCCGCGGGACGGCCUCUACUACCUCUACUGCCACGUGGGCUACCGCGGCCGGGCGCCCGCCGCCGACCGCGACCCGCUGGCCCGCGGGCUCACGCUGCAGAGCCGGCUGUACCGGGCGGGCGGCGCCUACGGCCGCGGGGCCCCCGAGCUGCUGCUGGAGGGCGCGGAGACCGUGCGCCCCGCGCUGGACGCGCCCGGGAGGCUGUGGUACGCGAGCGUGGGCUUCGGCGGCCUGGCGCGGCUGCGGCGCGGCGAGCGCGUGUUCGUCAACAUCAGCCACCCCGCCCUGGUGGACUCGCGCCGCGGGAAGACCUUCUUCGGGGCCGUGAUGGUGGGCUGACGCCGCCCGCGGGGACGGGCUUCGCGGCCGGGGGUGGGGGGCCCGGGCCCCGAGGCGCCGGGCCGCUGCUGUGAGCCCACAAUAAAGAACGCGCCCGCGAGGCUGA